UAAACUUCAAGAUGCAAAAUGCUCUGCUGCAAACACGGAAAGACUCAAAAACCAUGGCCACUACUUCCUCCGCAUCGCCACCAUUAUCUGCACUCUGCUCCCCAGCAAUCACCAUCGUGGAUCAGAACAACGCAUCGACCAUCUCUACUGUCCAUCAAGACAUCAUAGAGACUCACAUAUUCACACGACUCGAUGGCCCAACUCUCGCAUCCGCCUCCUGCGCCUCCACUCACCUCCAUGCACUUGCGUCGCAGGAAAACCUCUGGACCAAUAUUUGUCACUCCACGUGGCCUUCCACCACCUCUUCACGUGUUCGCCACGUCAUCUCUAACUUCCACAACGGUCCCCGCUCCUUCUUCUCCGACGCCUUCCCAUUAGCUAUCGAACCCGUGAGCUUCGGAAACUCGUCGGAGAAUCCUCCUGAUCUUCCAUCGGAAAUAAUCUCGGCCGUCGAUAUCUAUUACAAGAAGGAGCUCAUUUUCAGCAAAGUCGUCGAAACGGAAACUGUAAGCGCUUGGUUCAAAUGCUCACCGUUUCGGGUAGAUUUAUUAGAUCCCAAAGAAGCUGUUUCGACCCGGAUACCAAACCCGGACAAGGACGACACAUGCAGGUAUCUGGAGGAAGACAUGGAGUUGAGUUGGAUCAUAAUCGACCCCAUAGGGAAACGAGCGAUGAAUCUCUCGAGUCAAAGGCCGGUGAACGUACACCGGCACUGGCUGAGCGGGGAGGUGCAGGUGAAGUUCGCAUCGGUAGUGGGCGGAGGAGGAAUUGGGGCAGCGACAGAAUUGGUGCAGUGCGGGGUGGUGGUCACGUGCGGGGGUUCGGCGAAGGGGGAGAUGCACGUGAGAGAGGUGAGUUUGCAGUUGGAGGACAUGGAUGGAAUGUAUCUGAAUGGGAAGGAGAGUUUGGUAAUGUUGACGAGAGGAAUGGCGGGUAAAAGGGGGAGAGGGAAGAAGAGGGAAUCGGAAAGGAAGAAGGAAGUGGAGGAGUUUUUGGAAAGGAAAAGAGAAAGGAAAGAAAGGAAAAUGAGAAGGGAAGGGACUUUAGAUACGCUUUGCGUUGCGUUUGGAGUUUCCGCGUUUGCGUCCUCCCUAUUAUUUCUUUUGUUCAGAUAAAAACAGAAAAUGUGUAUAUUAUCAAGAAGUUUACCUCCAUUAAAUAUUAACAAUGUAGUUACCUUGUAUUUCAAAUUUUAAAAUCAAUAUUACUUACACUUAUUAACGUGCCA